CCUCCAUUCGAAUCUCUUCUGUCGCAUCUGCGCGCAGCCAGCCAGGUAAUAGACAGGCUCAAGCUCUCUCUCUGCUGCUGCGCAUCCAUGGCCUUGUCGUCGGAGGUGACGGUGGAGGGCAUCGUCUUCCCGCCGGUGGCACGCCCGCCGGGCUCCGCCCUCACGCACUUCCUCGCCGGUGGCGGUGUGCGAGGAAUGGAGGCUGAAGGCAACUUCGUCAAGAUCGCCGCCAUCGGCGUGUACCUGGAGGACGCGGCCGUCGCGGCGCUGGCGGGUAAAUGGGCCGGCAAGAGCGCCGGCGAGCUCGCGUCGGACCCCGCCUUCUUCCGCGACGUGUACACGGGCGAGUUCGAGAAGUUCACGAGGGUGACGUUCAUCUGGCCGAAGGCGGUCGCCGCCGAGGAGUUCGCGGGGAAGGUGAUGGAGAGCCGCGUGGCGUACCUGGAGGCCGCCGGCGCGUACACGGACGCCGAGGGCGCGGCCGUGGAGGAGUUCAAGGCGGCGUUCAAGAACCUGAGCCUGGCGCCGGGCGCGUCCGUCCUCUUCACCCACUCGCCCGCCGGAGUCCUCACCGUCGCCUUCUCCGAUGACUCGUCGGUGCCGGAGGCUAGCAUCGCCGCGAUAGAUAACAAGGCGCUCUGCGAGGCGGUACUGGAGUCCAUCAUCGGGGAGCGCAGCGUCUCGCCGGCGACCAAGCAGAGCAUCGCGACGAGGGUGCCGGAGAUCCUCAAGGGCGGAGCAUGAUCACUGCAUAUUAUUGUCGCUCCUACGUGUUCCAUCGGUCCUCUGCCGUGUGCCCGUGUCCGUGGUGGUGAAACAUGUCUUCUUGUUUCGGAUUCCCGUCGCUACUUGUGCGUGCCAACGCAAUCGUGGGCGUACUGUGAGAUUUGAUUGUGGUUACCUGUUGCAAGCUGCGGUUAUGGAAAUGUUGACAUAUGAUCUG